AUGGCUGACACCGACCUUGAAUCCAUCGGCCGCCACUGCCAGUUUGAAUACUGUGGGCAGCUCGAUUUCCUUCCUUUUCGCUGCGAGUCCUGCCAGAGCACCUUCUGCCUCGAUCACCGGUCUGAAACAUCCCACAAAUGCCCUCGCGCCGGCGAAUGGGCGCGACGCCGCAACGGCACCCCAGACCAGACAGAGAACCAGAUUGCGCCUGAGAAGCCCAACAUCUACAACUCAGAACAAUGUGCAGACCUGUCAUGUAAGACGCUCAUAAACACACUCAAGGACCCCGGUGUACGCUGCCCGAACUGCAAUCGCCAGUACUGCCUCAAACAUCGCUUGCGCGAAGCGCACGAAUGCGCCAAGGUUACCCCGCUGGGCGCGCGGCAAGGCAACAGUCCGGCGGCGGCGGGCACCCUCAAGUCGAUGUUUGCGCGCGUGCGCGAAUGGGGCAAAGAAAAAGGAACGACCGCUUCUGCGGCAUCUUCGAAGUUCAUCCCCAAGCCGAACGUGAAGCCUAACAGCGCUGCUGGUCGCUUGGCUAGAGUCAAUAAUAUGAAACGUUCAGCAAAAGGCGCUGCCAAUAUCCCGGUCGACCAGAGGCUAUACCUACACACUGUGGGAACAGCAGAUACACAGGCAAGUGAGCCACCGGCGGGCGAUUUUUACUUCGGCUCCCGAUGGAAAGUUGGCCGUGUCCUUGACGAUGCGGCACAGCGCCUACAUGUUGAGAAUCUCAAUAACCGCGGUGGGGGAGAGGAGGCGCGGUUGCGAAUUUACCACGCUGAUUCUGGGGAUUUUUUGGAAUUUUCAGAUACUAUUGGAGACAAAGUGAAAUCUGGUGAUACAAUCGUGUUGUUGCGAGGUGCGGGCGUGAUUCUCGAGAACUCGCCAUAG